AUGCCCUGUUAACAUUACACUCAAUUAUCGGCCUUGAGUUCAGCGCAGCCUGGCAGAUUACACACUGUCAAAAUGGCUGAAGAAAAUAAAAGCGGAGGAAAAGGUGUUCAGCGAAGAGGAGCUUUACGACAGAAAAAUGUGCACGAGGUUAAAAAUCACAAAUUUGUUGCUAGAUUCUUUAAGCAGCCGACAUUCUGUAGUCACUGCACGGAUUUUAUAUGGGGUUUUGGGAAACAAGGCUUCCAGUGUACAAUAUGUAGUUUUGUAGUACACAAGAGAUGUCAUGAGUUUGUAUCAUUCGGAUGUCCUGGUGCCGACGCGGGACCAGACUCAGAUGCAACAAAUUUACACAGAUUUAAAGUACACAGCUAUGGCAGUCCAACAUUUUGUGAUCAUUGUGGUUCAUUGUUAUAUGGCCUUCUACACCAGGGACUUAAAUGUGAAGCAUGUGACAUGAAUGUACAUAAAAGAUGUGAAAAGAACGUUCCAAAGUUAUGUGGAGUUGACCACACAGAGAGACGUGGUAGAAUCAAUUUAUCAGUUUCCUACCAGAAUGGCAAGCUUAAGAUCACAAUUGUAGAAGCCAGGAACUUAAAUCCUAUGGAUCCAAAUGGUUUAGCAGAUCCUUAUUGUAAAAUUAAAUUAAUACCAGAUGAUAACAAUAAAACAAAGAAGAAGACAAAGACCGUUAAAACUAACCUCAAUCCAGAGUGGAAUGAAUCAUUUACAUUUGAUCUUAGUCAAGAAGACCAUGCGAAACGCCUUUCAAUAGAAAUCUGGGACUGGGAUCGUACCUCACGGAAUGAUUUCAUGGGAUCAUUAUCAUUUGGGAUAACGGAGGUGAUAAAGGAAGCACACGUUGGCUGGUUUAAACUGCUGAGUCAGGAGGAGGGAGAGUUCUAUGGUAUUCCUGUCAGUGAUGAUCUAGCAAGUGACAUACAAGAAAUUAAAGACAAAAUGAAGUUAGCAGCAAUAGAUGAAGGAAGACCUCCGAGAGUUGAUCUUUCCAAAAAUACCAGUAAACAAGACACAAUACGAGCCACAGAUUUCAACUUCCUUACAGUUCUUGGGAAAGGCAGUUUUGGUAAAGUUGUUUUAGCAGAAAGAAAAGGCACAGAUGAGUUAUAUGCGAUAAAAAUAUUGAAAAAAGAUGUGAUAAUUCAGGAUGAUGAUGUUGAAUGUACAAUGAUAGAAAAACGUGUUCUAGCCCUUCCUACUAAACCACCAUUCCUUGUACAAUUACAUUCUUGUUUCCAAACUAUGGACCGGUUGUAUUUUGUUAUGGAGUAUGUUAAUGGAGGAGAUUUAAUGUAUAGAAUUCAACAAGAGGGAAAAUUCAAAGAGCCUGUAGCUGUGUUUUAUGCAGCAGAAAUAGCCAUAGGUUUAUUUUACCUCCAUGCACAAGGAAUUAUUUAUAGAGAUUUAAAGUUAGAUAAUGUUAUGUUAGAUACAGAGGGUCAUAUAAAAAUAGCAGAUUUUGGAAUGUGUAAGGAAGGAAUUAUCCAUGGAGAAAAAACAACACGAACUUUCUGUGGUACACCAGAUUAUAUAGCACCUGAGAUUGUACUGUAUCAGCCUUAUGGUAGAUCGGUUGAUUGGUGGGCUUAUGGUGUCUUAUUGUAUGAAAUGUUGGCAGGUCAGCCUCCAUUUGAUGGUGAAGAUGAAGAGGAACUUUUUACUUCUAUAACAGACCACAAUGUGUCUUAUCCAAAAUCUAUGUCCAAAGAAGCCGUUUCAAUUUGUAAAGGUUUGUUAACAAAGAAUCCAUCAAAAAGAUUAGGCUGUGGUCCAACAGGUGAAAGAGACAUUAAAGAACACAGAUUUUUUACAAGAAUUAUGUGGGACAAAAUACAAAAUAGAGAAGUGCAGCCUCCAUACAAACCAAAAAUUCGAGAUCCAAAAAGUGCAGAAAACUUUGACCAGAUCUUCACGAAGACAAAAGUGAAAAAUACUCCAACAGACAGUGUGGUUAUCAUGAACAUCGACGAACUUCAGUUCAGGGAUUUCUCCUUAGUUAAUCCUUAUUUCAAAAGUUGAGUUCUCCUUAAAAACCGAAAGGAUGUCAGCAAUUUUGAUCGUGAGUUUACAAGUGAAGCCCCAAAGAUGACGCCAACAGACAAAUUGUUUAUCAUGAAUCUAGACCAGACAGAGUUUGCUGGGUUUUCCUUUGUCAAUCCUGAAUUCAUUGUCAGUGUGUAGAUGGUCAGGUGUGUGAAUGGAGGGGAGACAACUCUACCCUAAAAGAAAUGAUUCCUUAAGCUCAGUGUGAACAGAUGUUGUAACUUCUUCAGCUACUUUACAAUUUAAUUGUACUUGGAAACCAGUGAGAAUGAACAAGGUUGUUUAUAUUUAUACAGUCAAACUGCACAAGUAUCAAAAUGUAAAGAAUCCAGUUCAAAUUUGAUCUUAUUCAGAAACAUAUAGAUUACCUAAAUUUAAGUGACUGAGUGAAACAAAAUGUGCUCAAGAUCAAAACUGUUUGCUCCCUAUACAGUAUUUCUCUUCACUGUAGAAAUAGCAGGUAUAUUCUUCUGUAAAUUUCUUGCCAGUUGUUCCCCAUUAGAAAGAAAUUAGAAUGCAGAUUUUAUUUGAGAUUUCACCACACUUGAUUGUUGCUUAUUUAACGUCUAGUAGCAAGUAUUUCAUUUACGGCUAGACGUUAAACAAGCAACAAUAAAUCAUGUUGUUCCCCAUUAGAAAGAAAUUAGAAUGCAGAUUUUAUUUUAGAUUUCACCACACUUUUGAUUGUUGCUUAUUUAACAUCUAGUAGCAAGUAUUUCAUUUACCGCUAGACAUUAAACAAGCAACAAUUAAUCAUGUUGUGAUGUCUCAAGUGAAAAACUAAUGCAUAAUGUUGUUAUUUACUGACCUUUCUUACUUUUACAUUGGACUUAUUUGUUAGUCUUUUACAACAAGUGAGUUUAUGGAAACCACAAUUUGGCGAUUUUUUUAAUAUUCUAGUGUUAAAUUUUUUUGUUUUUGUGAAUUUCCUGCUAAUCAACUUGCAUUGACCCAGAGAUAAUAGGAGACAUUUUUUUUUUAAAUUAUCAUAAAAAAAUAAGAUUUAACUUUUCAUCAGAUAUGUCCUCCAAAAGUUUGGGUAAUAAAUUUGUUUCCUUGAAAAUAAGAUUAAGACAGCAUCUGAAAUCCAAUGUGGUUGUUAUUAUUGAAAUCUUUAUAUUGGACCUUUUAAAUGGGAAAAUGCAUAACAUAAUUUCUACUAGUACUUAAUUUAAUCCAAAGAAAUGAUUUUGUUUUGUUUAAUAGUAUACCCAUGGACCCAACCAUCCAACAUGGCAACCACAGAACAAACAGGGUAUAACUGUCAUUUAUUCAGGACAAAAUGUCAUACUUGCCAAAUGACCAACACAUGUUCUUUAAGAGCCUCUAGUUCAUUUCUCUUAUACAAUACCUUUGUAUCUUUCCUAAUAUAAGUAUCUGAGUUGUACUAGUGUAAUUUUAUUAUAUACAUUUUAAGGGUUGUAAAUGCUAAUGAUCUGAGAUAAAAGAAACGCUGAUGUAAGGAUUUAAAAAACUUGUUUUGAAUUUUAACCUCUCGACAGACAGGUUCAUUGAUUUCUGAACAGGGGAUGGGGGAAUGAAACAAAAUAUAUUUAGGAAUGGAGAACGAGAAUUGAAUUAUAUCAUGUACCUAUUUUCAUACUCAUUGUUUAUUGUUUGUUUGCUUUUUUGGAUGAGAAUACGUUUUGUCACAGAAGCAAGUUCGAACAUAUGUCUGAAUCUUAUAGAACAAAACAAAAUUCCAAUUGUCAUUAAACUUCAUGCAAGAAUUUUCAUUAAAAUAUGCAACAGUAUAUGAACAAAAAUCUUAUCUUCUUGUAUGUAAGGUUCAGCAAAAAAACUCAAAAACUAUAUCCAUACACUUGUUUAUUUUUUUUUACACUGCAGUCUACAAGUGAAGUUUUUAAAGGCCUAGAUUAAGUUUUGUCAGAGGUCACAAAAAUAAUAUCCUGUUCCUUCUAAAAUCAUCCAACCUUGACCUUCAUGCAUUUGUGUAUAAAAGUUAAGUUUAUGUAAAAGUGAUAUCUUGAAGUCAUUUAUAAAAAAGGUUAAUAUCACACAUCAAUCUGUGGAGUAAAGUAAUGAAUGAAAAAUGAGGAAAACAAUUAUUUUAGGAAAUAUUUGAUUCGUAUAUUUGAAUAUAACGAGAAAAUUUAGAUUUAAAUCUUUUGAUUUACAUUUUUUUAUUUGAGUAAAGAGAAAUUUAAGUUUUAGAUUAUUGUAUAGAGAAUUUUUGGUUAAUUAUUUCUCUGCCUUUUCUUGAUCUUAUUUGACAGUUUUUGUUUUUUUCAAAAGUAUUGAUCUUUCAUGAUAAUUGAAAUCACAAGUUUGAAAGUGUCAAUAAUUUGAAUUCAUAAGUAUUUCAUAAAGUAUCGGUAUAUUGUCCUAUGAAAGCAUCUUAAGACUGAGGUGUAUGAAGUUCAAAUAAAGCUUAAUAUAUUAUAUUGAUUUUAGAAUGUUUAUGAAUAUAUUGAAGAUGUUUUCAAUGUCUGUAUUUGGAUAAUAUUUGCAGAUUUUCUCUAUGAUGAAACUUAGUAAAUUUUUAUGAACCAAUUGAUAGAGAGUACUCACUUUGUGUAAUUAGUGCUUAACCUUAUUAAAUUUCAACAGAAUAUAAGCUUUUUUUCAAAGCAAAAAAAAAUAAAUCAGUAAAUUUUUCUUUUUUUCCACAUAUUAUUUGAGCUGUCUUCUAAUUAUGUUUACAUUGUUUUUCACUGAAUAUGUGUUAUUAUGUAUGUGAAGAAACAAGGUUAAAACUCAUCAAGAAAUAAAUAUACUUCAGUAAUGUUUGUAUCAGCUCGUUGUUGUUGUAAAUUAUACACAAAGUUUAUUGGUCAUUUUGCUCACUUUUAUAGACUUUUUUUGAUGUGAUAAAUGUGUAUAUAUAUAUGUGUAUGAUUCUGUGUGUUAAUGUUUGAAAUGUUCAUUGAAUAAUAAUAAAUUCUUAUUCAUAGCAAUAUGAAAAACCAGGAGUGGACAAUUGAAACGAUUCAUACAUUUCUUAACAUUAUAUUAUACCAGUAUUUCUUCACAUUUUCUGCCCCACCGUAGAUAAUAGGGGGUGUUGUGUUUCCUGGUCUUUGCUUCCGACUGUUAGUUUUUUUGUCUUCCUCUGUUUUUCGUGUAAUAGGUUAAAUAAUAGCUUUAUUAAUUUUGAAGUGACACAUUCCAAAUUAAGAUUUUACCCAUAUGUUAUGGUUCACUGAACACAGAAAAUGUAAUUGUAUGGAUGGGGUGUGGUAUACUACAGACACAUAUUCUUCUUUUUAAAAUUUCAUAAAGGUUUAAGAGAAAAUUUUGGUUUGCAAUUGUGUUAAUAGCUUAAACCAAAGAUGAUCUCUUAAAUCUAAGAUACAGCCUCUCAUAGGUUUUCAUACCACAUCUUCUUUUUUCUUUUUCCUGUUGCAUACAAAUAUACUCAAUUGUACUGUGGGGAUAUUUAAUCAGUUUUGUUGGCUCCAUUUUACAUCCCCUAUAAAUCCAUUACAAACAUGUCUCUACCUCUUCAACACAUUGUUAUAGAAAUCCUGACACUUGUUAUCUCCCUUUCACAGUACAGAUUCCAUAUGACAAUAUUUGUUAUCUCCCUUUCACAGUACAUAAUCCACGUGACAAUAUUAACAUAAGGUAUCUGUAUCAUUUCAUAUUAAUUGCAUAAAAUGUUUAGUUCAAGACUAGAUAUAGCCCCACAUGUAUAAGUUUAUUGAACCUUUAUUUGUCCACUGUUGGUAUUUCAUGUAUAUUUUUAUUAAAAUGUGAUUAACAUGCAUAAUUAUAGUCAGUUUUGUAUAUUCUAUGCUUUAUGAAUAGUUUUUCUUCCAUGAUUUUUAUCUUUUUUCUGCUAGUUAUUCUACAUAUGUUUCCUUCUAUAUAUCGUGCAAUUUAGACAAUUAUUUUACCUAUUAGUGUACAUUGCCUUAUAAUUGUAGUAUUGACAUUUCAAAUAGUUUUUGCAUCAAUUUAUAUUUUGAAUUUGAGACAAAUCAUGGCAGUACUUCAUAUUCUGUUUAUGUAUUUAGCCUUCAAUUUUGUUAUUUUUAUUACAACCCCAGAUCAAGGAUGUUUUUGUCUAUUUUUAAACAAUGGUGUCCUCAUAACAGUUCAGUCUACUAAUUGACUGACAUCAAUACAGUAAUUUGUUUCUCCGACAUUAGGUGCAAUUAUUUGUGUGUUUUUCAGGCAUCUCAAAUUUAUGGACGGCCUUGACAAAAGCAGGAAAUAUUUACUAGCUAUAACAAUAAAAAAUCUUAAUGACCUAAUCAAAAUUUGCUUAAUGAUAUUCUCAGGUCUGGUUUAUGAAUUUUUGUCAGGUGUUCAGACUCCUUUGUUUUUUUUCAUUCUAAUACUAGUCACUGGAUCUUAACCUCAUUUCAGAAGUUUUCAUAAAACAUGGCAAGGCUCAUGUCUUUAAGAAUGUCAACAUAUUACACUCUCAUUAUCAAUUAAGACAGUUGAGACAUUUUAGUAUUAACAGUCUUGUUAAAUGAAAUGACGUCAAUAAUGCAUUUAAACAUUACAAACUUAAAUCAUCAUCUUAAACGGCUGUCUAACCACACCAAUUUUUAUCCACAUCAUUUGAAAUUGGAUUGAUAGUUGAUUCAUUGGCAAUUACAACAACAUUAUAAGCUUUAUAAACUCAAAACAUCUGGAACAGCUGUCGAGUUCUUUAUAUAGGUACUACAAGGAAGGGUUAUAUCAUUUUAUGAUCAUGUCAAUGUAAUUUUCUUAUAACAGUUACUAUUACACAUUUUGUUAAAUCAAAAAAUUACAUCACCUAGUCAAUUUUGCCGUUAAAUUUAAUCCAACACUUCUGCAGCUUGUAGUGGUACAACCAAAGGUUCUCUAUAUCCUAUCAUAUAAUGUAUACAUGUGUUCUGUAUGUUACGGUGUAAUGGUAAACCCCUCAAUUUUGGCAUUUAAGUUUUCUAUGGGUAUUAAGGUUUGAGACGGACCUUUUAUAGCCAAUCUUUAUUAUGUAUACCAUGAUGCAAAUGAAAUGCAUCAAUACAUCAAAAAACAUUUCCAUACUACUAAGGAAUCUCUGCCAUGACUUGCAUCUAUUGUCUGAGGUCCUUACAAAAAUCAUGUGAAGCACUUACCAAAUUUAAAAAUUACGAUAUACAGGACGAAAGUACUAAAUUAAAAAAUUAAGAUAUACAGGACGAAAGUAUCAAUCACAUGUUUAUAAAGUGCUGUUACUGUACUUUAGGAUCUGAGGCAAUCAUUUUUACAACAAAUUGGUACUUAUCAAGUUUACUUCUUAAAAUGUUAUUGACAACAAUGGUCUUAAAGGAAUGUCACAAGGAUCUUACUCACAAUAACAAUGUCUUUUUACCCUUGUGUUCAAGCUGUCUGUCAUUAAACAAUAAAUGUGCAGGAAAACUUAAAAAAAAGAUCAAAACACCGUUAAGGAAGCAGCUUACAUUUUGCUGCAAUGCUUUGUUCAUUAUUUCAUCUAGAAAUCCCACCAAAUACAUGUUAUUGUUUGUCAUAAAUUAACCAAAGAAUGUUUUACGUUUUUUUCCGGAAACUUAUUUAAGUGUUCAGCUGGUAAUGAUAAUAACCCUCAAAAUUAGUUGGGAGAAAAUUAUUUCCCAGAAAAAUCCAGAUUGUCAAUUAUCUUCUUCUUUUUUAAAAAGAAAAUCAAUGAACAACAAUAUACUAUUGUGACAAAGGUGGUUUUGUUUUGCUUCUUUCAUACAAGAGAUAGAUUUAAGGGAGGGGACCCUUUUGUAGGAAAAAUUAGGUUGAUUAUUUAGGGAAUCACUGAAGCACUAGAGCAGGCUCCCUAACCCUUAUGAAAACUUCUGUCUGUUGUAAAAUAAAAUUGUUUUGUUGUAAAGGAAACCAGUUUGAUGUUCUAGAAACAAUCUAUGACUGAUUGUAGGACCAAAUUUCAUUUUCACAACAUUUCAAAUGAGUAGGUCAUCUCUCCAAGAGUUGUUACAAGUUCUGCGCUAUUUAUAAUCGAAAAGAGUUAUAUUGAGAGAAGUAAUAAAUGUUUUUUAUUUAUGAAUGUUGAUUACUUUUGAUAUUGAUGACGUUUCAUUGAAGGGACAAAUCUAGAACAUUAUGAAGUAAAAAUGUAGUUAUAUAUAUACUCAAACACUGAUGAAACUGUCUUAUGGAAAAAUACAUUGUGUCAAGUUCAUGCCAGCUUGUUACCAAUUUAAGUAAAUAAAAUUAUUGAAAUGCAACAUAAUUUUUUAUAGUGAACUUUUUAUAAAAUGUUUCUUUUGAAUAGGGAGGGGAAAAAAGUAAAAUUACAAUGAUUUUGCUAAACGUUGUUGCAGAGUAAAUUAUUGUGACAACUGUAUGGUGUUUAUCAUUUUCUAAGUGAUAGAAAGUGUAUGUAAUACAUGUACAUGUUCUUAACUUUCAGUGCAGCUUUCAUAACAAUGUUAUAUAUGUCUGGUCACAUAUGUAAUACUAGAGAUCAUUUAUUAUUUGACCACUAAAAAAUAAUUAUUUCUAUCUGAAACUUUAAUGGUCUUCAUAACUAUUUAAAAAGUUAAAACAUUUAGUUUCUAGAUAGAAAUGCAUAUCAGUAAGUUAACACCUGAGCAAAAUCAAGUCUCUACCAUGAUGUAACAAUAGUUCUGUAUAUCACUAUUUAUUUUUGUCACUGCUUGUAAAAUUUAAUUGCUGGCAAUGUCGAUUUCCCCCUUUUUUAAAUCAUGCAUAUUUAUUUCUUUUCUUCCUUACAAGGUGUAUUACUUUAUUUGUUAUUGUUGAAAAUUAAUAUAAUAAAUAUUUGACUUAUA